UGCGGGGUCUGGGGAGAGCGGAUAUAGUGAAUGCGGGGUCCGGGGAGAGUGGAUAUAGUGAAUGCAGGGUCUGGGGAGAGCGGAUAUAGUGAAUGCAGGGUCCGGGGAGAGCGGAUAUAGUGAAUGCGGGGUCCGGGGAGAGCGGAUAUAGUGAAUGCGGGGUAUCGGGGAGAGCGGAUAUAGUGAAUGCGGGGUCCGGGGAGAGCGGAUAUAGUGACUGCGGGGUCCGGGGAGAGCAGAUAUAGUGAAUGCGGGGUCCGGGGAGAGCGGAUAUAGUGAAUGCGGGGGUCUGGGGAGAGCGGAUAUAGUGAAUGCAGGGUCUGGGGAGAGCGGAUAUAGUGAAUGCAGGGUCCGGGGAG